AUCACAGCCCUUGUUUAGCAUCAUCAAGGAACAUUUUCAUGCUUGUGUGGCUCACGAGUAAAAAAGGUAGGGGGUCCCUGUUUUAGAGAGUCCUUGGCAAUACAAAGCUCCCGGUGGACCACAAAUGUCCCUCCAUUUGGACAGUGUUUCACUGUAUCAGCUCUGGUCUUUUGCAAGUAGCAACAUGAAUUGAUACCAUAAAGGAACAAACUGCCUGCAACACACAUCUCAGCAGCUUCUAAUAGCAAUAUGUCCUUUCCAAUACACUACCUAUUACUACUCUCCAACAGACAAAGAGUUAAAAGAGUUAGUCCAGUACCACAGGAGGAGUCCAGCUGAUUCCUCUGCCCCCUCCCAAGGAGAAAAGUGUGAGCUGAAAAUUCAGCCCUGAUCCCAAUAAAUAUUUAAGUGAGACUUGGAGAGGCUAUGUGUCCAGUCCAGCUCUGUGUAAGCAAGAAGUGAAGAGUAAGUGAGACUGUUGCCAGACUCCAGAGCUUUCCUGCAGUCUGACACUUCUGAGCACGAGGACAUGAAGCUGCACCUGCUCUGCUUUACUUUCUUCACGUGGCCUUUAGUUGUACAUGGAUCUGGAGGAGGUCCUUGGUGUUACUCCUCUCAGGACCCCAAGUGUGGGCCAGAUCACUGGAAGGACAUCAGCCAUAACUGUGGGGGAGAGAGUCAGUCCCCUAUCAACAUUGAGAGGUCGAAAGUAAAGAGAGACAGCCAUUUGGGGGGAAUCAGUUUCCAGGGAUAUGACCAUGCAACACCUGGGCGGUGGAAGCUAAUAAAUGAUGGACACUCAGUGCUCUUGAGCCUUAGUGGAGAGGUGAUACAGAGUCACGUAAAUAUCAGUGGUGCGGGGCUGCCAAAUACAUAUCGUGCUCUCCAGUUCCACUUCCACUGGGGGAGCUCAACAAGGGAUGGAUCAGAGCACUUGAUGGAUGGCAAGCAAUAUCCCAUGGAGUUGCAUAUUGUUCACAUGAAUGCCAAGUACCAAAGUAUCACUGAAGCCAAGAAAGACCCCCAAGGCCUGGCUGUGCUAGGCUUCUUUUUUACUGUAUCAGAGAUUGACAAUCCCAGUUAUAACACUCUGGAAGCUGGUAUGAAGAAUGUGUCUUUGAAAGGGGAAUUUAUAGAACUAGAUUCCACCUUUCCACUGGAAAUGCUGCUUCCACCUCAUGACAAGCUUUCUAGGUACUACCGAUAUCAAGGAUCACUUACAACUCCAGACUGCUCUGAGGUGGUUAUAUGGACUGUGUUUGAGGAUCCGAUAUCCAUCAGCCAAAAACAGCUGAAAAUAAUGACAGAAACUGCCCAUUUCACUGCUAAUGGAGAGACACUGGUCAAAAUGUCAGACAAUUUCCGCACCCCACAGCCACUAAAGGGAAGAAAGGUCUGGGCGUCCAAGGAUGCUACUGUCAGUCAUUCCAAUGCUAUCCGUGCCUCAUUCCUCAGCAUGUGUCUGAUCAGCCUGGCCACCUGCAUAUUAUUGCUCUUCUGAUAGGCUCAGGUUGAACUACUCCAAACACAUUUUUGUUGGCUCCUGCACAAAAGGAACAUACAAUGCACUGAAGUGGAUCCAAGAAGAUCUAAACUUGUUCCUGAUUGCCUACAGUUAAGACAUUGCCAUAUUGUUGAGUCUCUGCACCAUCAAAAUCUGAUUUGAUAAUAUGAAAACAGAAGUUGUGAACUUUAACGCUGCCUUUAAGGUCAUAUCCUAAUUGCCAGAGGCAGAUCAAGAUCAAAAUGCACAAAUAUUUUUUGGCCCAUAGAUAAAGAAUGGGAAACCUGCAGAACUGUCAGUGACUUACUGGGAGUACAAUGCCAUCUCGAGAGCAAUGGGGUUUCAAAGAUUGCCCUUAUUAAGUGUCUGGGUCCCAUUGCACUUGCACUAGCUGCACUAACAGUAUUUCUGCCUUAUUUUUACAAUUAGACACAGAAACACUGAAACACAGAACUAGUUACUUUAUCUACCCACAGGUUAUAAAACACAGUCAAUGGGAUAGUUAUUGUUAUCCCAAUGAUUCUGAUUUAAAUAUUUAAGUACUUAAGUACUUUCCCCACAUUAAAUAUUGCAAUCUGGUGAUACUAAGGGAAUGGGUGAUCACAAAACACAUUGCACUGCCUUUAACUAACACUACAGUCUUAAAAAUGCAAAUACACGUUGUUUUGGAUAAUAAAAGAAAUUCUUCUCCUGCUACAUGUGUCAGAACCAACAGUGCACAAGGGACCAACAAAUACUUCUUCUAGGGAAUUGCAACUGCAUUUAAAAAUAACUUGAAAUCUAUUGAAAAUGCUUUUGCCUUGAUUGUUUAAAUUAUUCCUGCGUAACUGAAGGUGAGACAGAUAUUUUUAGCAAACCACUCUUCUUCUUUUGUAACUGAAUGUAUUCACUAAAGGUGCUGAGAUCUCUGCAGUGGAUGGAUAUUAUAGAAUAAAGAGAAACAUUACUGAAUAGAAUUCCCCCAGGGAGAGAAUGCUGUGCUUAUUGCCUAAAUUACACUGUGGUUGAGGUAUGAAUGUCUGAAUUAUAGAAAGGGAGCAGAUUACCUAUGUGUUGUUCAUGGUGAUUUGAUUAUGUGAUCUGUAACAUUAUUUUAAUUAUAUUUUACUUCUUUAUUUGCACCAAAAAAAAAAUUACACAUUAUUUUCUUACAAUAACUUAACUGUGUCUUGUAGGUUUUUUUUUCCCAUUUGUCAUGCUCAGGGGUGGAGUUAUAGAUGAGACGGUACUGGUCAAUGAAGGAAAGCUGAACUUUAAAAAUAAAAAGCUGCUGUCAAACUA